AUUUUAAGGGGUAGUGAGGGAGUAAAUCCCAAAGAGUUGAGAAACCCGCGUUUGUAUGUAUGCAUGAGAUGGGCUGGGAGGAUUAAGCAAGGUCCUGUUUGUGAGCGGUUCUCUGAAGGCUUCGGGGUCACUUUUUGUUGACAGGCGUUUGUGACAUUUAAAGGAUUAGUAGCUCUGUGGAUGUGAGGCUUUCAACCUCUUAAAAUAGAGAUAGAGAGAGAGAGGCACUCAAGAAAACAAAACGGUAGUCAGACAACAGCAGUUUCUCAGAGUGUGACUGGACAAGGCCACCAAACACAUGCACAUGCAAACAUAUACCCAGUAAAACCUUCGAAGUGUGAACGCUAAGAACAGCCGAAGCCAAGAUGGCGGUGACGGGGGCUGAAGACAUGCCACGGCAGUUCCCAAAGAUUGCUCUGAGUGAUGUGGAUGAGGAAGUUCGUCUGCUGGCAGAGAAAGUGUAUGCCUCAGCACUGAAGGAAGAGGACACAAAAGAUGCCCUCUCCAUGUACACUGUCCCAGAGGACUGUCCAAUAGGCUUGCAGGAAGCCAGACAGAGGGAGCUACUCAGAGAGCUGGCUGAGCAACAGUCAGAGGAAAGAGCCAAACGGAAGAAGAGUUUUAAGAUGAUUCGAUCCCAAUCUAUGUCGCUGCAAAUCCCUUUAAUUACGGAGAAUGUCAUGGGGGUGGUGACGCCCCUUAUUUCCCCUUCCUCUACCUGUUCCUCCAUCUCACAAAAUUUCCCAGAGUAUCAAAGAGUCACCAUAAGUGGAGACUACUGUGCUGGGAUAACAGUUGAGGACUAUGAGCAGGCAGCUAGAAGUCUGCUAAAAGCUCUUUUUAUUCGAGAAAAAUACUCAAAACUGGCAUAUCACAGAUUCCCAUGGACCACUGCAAAGUUUCUACGUAAUGCAGCAAAUGAAAUGUGGACAGAAGAAUAUGAAAUCCUUCCAGAUAUCUGUCCCUGCCCUGGUGAAGGACAGGACCCUUACAGUAUGGAGAAUAUUCCAGACAACCUCAAUUAUCAGAUGAAGAUGAAGGAUGGCAUUAUUUAUGUAUAUGAAAACACUGAAGCUCUGAGUAUGAACAAACCACGCUGUCUGCCUUAUCCAGACCUAGAAACAUUUGCCAUUGACAUGAGUCAUGUGCUCGCCAUGAUUGCUGAUGGGCCUACUAAGACCUACUGUCAUAGACGACUAAAUUUCCUUGGGUCAAAGUUUUACCUACAUGAAAUGCUCAACGAAAUGGCGGAACUAAAAGAACUCAAGGGUGUUCCUCAUAGAGAUUUCUACAAUGUCAGAAAGGUAGACACACAUAUCCAUGCAGCAGCAUGUAUGAACCAAAAACACCUGCUUGAUUUCAUUCAAACAACCUAUAAAACCGAUGCAGAGAGAGUCGUCCUGGAGAAGGCAGGGGUUAAACUCACUCUCCAACAGGUGUUCAACAACCUGAAUAUGGACCCUUAUGACCUUACUGUAGACUCCUUAGAUGUUCAUGCUGGCAGACAAACCUUCCAUCGCUUUGACAAAUUCAACUCCAAGUACAAUCCAGUAGGAGCAAAUGAGCUACGGGAAAUCUACUUGAAGACUGACAAUUACAUUGAAGGGGAGUAUUUUGCCCGCUUGAUCAAGGAAGUAGCACAUGACCUAGAGGAGAGUAAGUAUCAGCAUGCCGAACCACGACUGUCCAUCUAUGGACGUUGCCCCGAGGAGUGGGAAAGUCUCUCCCAUUGGUUUAUUCAGCACAAAGUGUACUCUCCAAACAUGCGCUGGAUUAUUCAGGUGCCCAGAAUAUAUGACAUUUUCAAGUCACGUAAGUUGAUUCCUAAUUUUGCCAAGAUGCUUGAGAACAUUUUCCUUCCUCUGUUUGAGGCUACAGUGAAUCCUCAGAAGCACAAAGAGCUCCAUGUAUUUCUGAAAUAUGUGACUGGAUUUGACAGUGUGGAUGACGAAUCCAAACAUAGCGAUCACAUGUUCUCUUAUAAGAGCCCCAAGCCUGAGCAAUGGACAACAGAUGACAACCCUCCCUACAGCUACUACCUCUUCCACAUGUAUGCCAACAUCAUGGUGCUCAACAACCUCAGGAAAGAACGUGGUCUUAGUACCUUCCAGUUCCGUCCACACUGUGGAGAAGCUGGUUCUAUCACACACUUGGUUUCAGCUUUCCUCACUGCGGACAACAUCUCGCAUGGCUUAAACCUGAAAAAGAGUCCAGUGCUGCAGUACCUUUAUUAUCUUGCCCAAGUGCCCAUUGCCAUGUCCCCACUGAGUAACAACAGUCUGUUCCUGGAAUACUCCAAGAACCCACUGCGAGAGUUUCUACACAAAGGCCUGUGUGUGUCGCUCUCCACUGAUGAUCCCAUGCAGUUCCACUACACCAAGGAGGCUUUAAUGGAAGAGUAUGCUAUUGCAGCCCAACUGUGGAAGCUGAGCACAUGUGACGUGUGUGAGAUCGCAAGGAACAGCGUCCUGCAGAGUGGCCUUUCCCAUGAAGAGAAGAAGCAUUUCCUUGGGGUCAAUUACCUGAGAGAUGGACCAGAGGGGAAUGACAUUCGGCGAACAAAUGUAGCCCAGAUCCGCAUGGCCUACAGAUACGAGACACUGUGUAAUGAACUCAGCUUCCUCGUAGAUGCUGUAAAGUCAGAGGUCGUUGGGUCACAGUAGCUGUCCCAUGCAACUCUGCUAAGCCCUCUGUGCCCAUAUAUGCAUGAUUGCUAUUUUUAUAUACAGUAGGAAUGGAUGCACAGGGACCCAAAUGUUAUGUAGUUUUUAUCUAGUCUCUCUAUGCUUCUCAGAUUUCUAAUACCCAGCCUUCUCAUAAACACUGUUGUCUGCCUAUGCAAUGACUUGAAAUGGGCGUUUCAAAAAGGGUUUGGCAUGCUUGACAUUACAUUACAUGGGCAGUGUCUCCCUCCUGUGGAACUGUAUCCUCAAAACAUUUGUGUGCAGCAGAAAUAGGCAGACACAGAGAUAAAUGUCUGGAACAUUCCGCCGUUGCUCUGCUGAACAUACAAAGAAGAACUCCUGCAGGAUUAGCUUAGGUGUGUAUAACAGAGUCAAAAUUUUGGUUUAGGGUCGGAGCUGUGGUUUGUCAGGUAGAGCAUCAUUUGUCAUAAUUUCCUGUCCAUUCUCCACUGUCCUUUCAGUGAUAGAAAAACUUUAAUAAACAGAACAAGGGAUUCUGAAAACAUCGAA